CUAGCCCCCCUGCGCCUGCUGCGUGAGCCCUGGCACGCCAGCCAGGGCAACCAGAGCAACACCACGGCCAGGGCCGGCAGGGGCUGGUGCCAGGGGCUCAACAUUCCCAACGAGCUCUUCCUCACGCUGGGGCUGGUGAGCCUGGUGGAGAACCUGCUGGUGGUGGCCACCAUCCUGAAGAACAGGAACCUGCACUCACCAACGUACUACUUCAUCUGCUGCCUGGCCGUCUCCGACAUGCUGGUGAGCGUCAGCAACCUGGUGGAGAGGCUCUUCGUGCUGCUGAUGGAGCACGGCGUGCUGGUGAUCCGCGCCAGCGUCAUCCACCACAUGGACAACGUCAUCAACAUGCUCAUCUGCAGCUCCGUCGUGUCCUCCCUCUCCUUCCUGGGGGUCAUCACCGUGGACCGCUACAUCACCAUCUUCUACGCCCUGCGCUACCACAGCAUCAUGACGCAGCAACGGGCCAUGGUGACUAUGGCCAAAGUCAUCUCCAGCCAGCAGAAGCAGCCCACCGUCUAUUGCAGCAGCAGCUUGAAGGGAGCCGUCACGCUCACCAUCCUCCUGGGUGUCUUCUUCAUCUGCUGGGGGCCCUUCUUCUUCCACCUCAUCCUCAUUGUCACCUGCCCCACCAACCCCUUCUGCACCUGCUUCUUCAGCUACUUCAACCUCUUCCUCAUCCUUAUCAUCUGCAACUCGGUGGUUGACCCCCUCAUCUACGCCUUCUGGAGCCAGGAGCUCCGGCGGACGCUGUGGGAGGUG